UUUCUUAUCUCUCCUCCUUGGAACCCGCGUUGUGUUUUUGUACAGUCUCAGCUCUUUCUUCACACGGCGGAGUUUAUAUUGUCAUUACAUAUAGAAUUCAAAUCUACUUAGGUUUUUCGGGAAACUCUUUUUGCUAUAUCCAAAACCUUAGUAUUAGUCACUUAAUUCUUUGCUUCUUAGCCAUACACAACAUGUGUCUUUUUGUUGAAGAUUGUAAGUAACAGAUCAGAGUGAUCUUUCUAUGACGAUAUAUUGAGAUUCAGCCUUUAUCGCUCUGAUUUAUCCAAAAGAGAAUUGGGGAAAGAUUUUAUACUUUGAUAAUUUGAGGCUUCUCUAGCAGCUAGUGCAAUAACUUAUUUGAUGGAGGGUAUUGUCUCAUUUGAUGGAGGUACAAUGUCUUCACAUAUAGAUGAAACAUUCAACAAUGCAAUGGAGAUGAUGAAUUUUGAAGCAUAUGCCGGUUGGUGCUCUAGCCCCCAUGCUAUAGAGCAAAUAUUUGCCUCUUAUCCAUCUUUUUCGCCGAUUAAUCCAAUGUCCAUCAAUUAUGCACCGUUUGAACAAUUGAACUAUGAACAACAGUUUCCCUGUGAAGGCGAAAAUUGGAUGUUUCAGCAGAAGAAUGAUGACCAGUUUCGCGACGAGGCUGAUUAUGUUACUGAUACUGACAACUGUAUAAUCCCAAAGUCACCUUGUCAAUCACUUUCGGAGCGAAUGCUCAAGGCAUUAGAACUGUUUAAAGAAUCAUCUGGUGGGGGAAUCUUGGCUCAGGUUUGGAUUCCAAUGAAGAAUAGUGAUGCUCACUACAUUUUAAGCACCUGUGAACAGCCAUUUUUACUUGAUCAAGUUCUAUCUGGAUAUCGAGAGGUAUCCAGGAAAUUCACUUUUGAUGUGGAGAUGAAACCAGGAUCUUUUCCUGGUCUUCCUGGUCGGGUUUUUACCUCGAGAAUACCCGAGUGGACAUCAAAUGUUCAGUACUAUAAAGAGGCCGAGUAUUUACGUGUACAAUAUGCAGUUGACCAUGAAGUCCGUGGAUCGAUUGCUUUACCAGUUCUAGAGGAUGAUGGACAUGAUUCGUCGUGUUGUGCAGUACUAGAACUAGUCACUACAAAAGAGAAGUCGAAUUUUGAUUUGGAAAUGGUACAUGUUUGCCGGGCUCUACAGGCCGUAAAUUUAAGGAGCAUAACACCUCCUCAAUUUACUUCCCAGAAUCUUUCCAAGAAUCAAAGAGCUGCUUUAGCUGAGAUAAAAGAUGUUCUACGAGCGGUUUGCCAUGCUCAUAGUCUGCCUCUUGCUUUGACGUGGAUUCCCCGUAUUUGUACAGGAGGAUGUAUUGCAAGCUCAGAUGAAAAACGAAUAUUAUGUGUUGAGAAUACAGUUUGUUAUGUGAGUGACAAGGAGAUGCACGGAUUUGUUCAUGCAUGUAUGGGACAUGAUCUCGAGGAAGGACAAGGUAUUGUUGGGAAAUCUCUCCAAUCCAACCAUCCCUUCUUCUACCCUGAUGUGAAAGAGUACCAUAUAAGUGAGUAUCCACUUGUUCACCAUGCACGGAAGUUUGGUCUAAAUGCUGCAGUUGCUAUCAGAUUACGUAGUAUAUUCACCGGUGAUGAUGAUUACGUAUUGGAGUUUUUUCUUCCUGUCGAUAAAAAGGGAAGCACCGAACAACAGCUUCUCUUAAAUAACCUCUCGCGUACCAUGCAGAGAAUUUGCAAAAGUCUGAGGACAAUAUCAGAUGCUGAAUUAGUUGGACAAGGGGGUGCAAAGUUUGGGUUACAGAGUGAAUCGGUUCUGGAUUUAACAUCAAUUGACUUAUCAAGGAAGAUUUCUGAGCAUCCAUUAUUAGGCAGCACUUUAGAUUUCAGUAAAGAAACUUUAGACAUAUGUGAUUCAGAAAUAGCUGGAAUGGAAGCUGAUGGUUCUCGCGAACAGACAAGGAGUGUAUCAAGAAGACAGAAAGAGAAAAAAAGAAGCGUGGCAGAGAAACAUGUCAGCUUGAGUGUUCUUCAGCAAUACUUCUCUGGGAGCCUCAAGGAUGCUGCCAAAAGCAUUGGUGUGUGUCCGACUACAUUGAAAAGGAUAUGUCGGCAACAUGGGAUCCCAAGAUGGCCUUCCCGAAAAAUAGGCAAAGUGAAUCGUUCUUUAGUAAAGAUACAAACUGUGCUUAAAUCAGUCCAAGGGAUAGAAGGAGGAUUUAAAUUUGAUCCAGCCACUGGAGGUCUAGUUGCAACAAGCUCUAUCCUUCAAGAUUUUGACUCAGAGAAAGGUAUCCUCUUUCCCUGCAAAAACGUCUGUGUGAAAAAUCCGGAUUCCCUUUUUCAGGAUGAUGUCUCUGUCCUCCAAACUUCAUGCAUUGACAACCACGACCCUGUGGUGAAAAUGGAAGAGGAUACGCAUGUGGAUGGAAACCAACUAGCAGAGUGGCCUGCAAGUCAGGACACAAUGCAAUGUACCAACUCUAGAAAUGUGUCACUAGGUUCUUUCCGUACAAAAGAAGGAUGUAGGAGUUGUGGUUUGAGCACAAGCAAUUUAAAAUUGGACAAUUCCGGCUACCAUUUCAUCAAUCGAUGUCCACAUUCCAUGCCUGACGCUGAUGAUGUUAAGACAAAAACUAGAGCAAGUAACGAACUGGAUGGAGAUGAUGUUGUUAUGGAACAUAACAAGGGAAGUUCUUCAGGCAUGACAGAUUUGUCCAAUGUGUCCGGUUCAAUAAUGAAUGGCAGUUCAUCAAGCUCUCACAGUUUUGGUGAACGAAAGCAUACCAAAGUUAAGGCAAGGAGUGAAGAUGGUGCGUCACAUAUAACCAUAAAAGCUACUUACAAGGAAGAUAGAAUCCGAUUUAAAUUUGAGCCUUCAGCAGGGUGCUUUCAACUCUAUGAAGAGGUUGCAAAGAGGUUCAAACUGCAGACCGGGGCGUUCCAGCUCGAGUAUCUUGAUGAUGAAGAGGAAUGGGUGAUGUUGGUAAAUGAAGAAGACUUGCACGAGUGUCUUGAGAUACUCGAUUCUCUUGGUACUCGUUGCGUAAAAUUUCUUGUCCAAGAUGUGUCAUGUGCUAUAGGUAGCUCAGGCAGCAGCACUAGUUGCUUUUUGACAAGUGGCUCUUAGUUAUACAGUGCAGAGAAUCUUCUUGUGUUGUAUGGUCUUGGCAGGAAUACUCCAUCAGAGCCGUGGAGGAUUCCAAGUAUAUAUGGAUCACCUGUUGGUUCAGUAGAGCCUUUUGUUCUACUAUCACUUUUAUGCAGUUGAUAUCGAGUCAUCAAUACUUGAUCCCA